GCAGAAACAUAAAUUGGGGUUGGAAGGGAAGAAAGUGACUAGAAGAAAGUGACUAGAAGAAAGAAUGUGCAGCCUGGAGAAGCGUGGGAACGUGUGGUUCCUAACCCUCACAGGCGACAACCAACACCGCCUCAACCCCACUCUCAUCCAAUCCAUUCUCUUGACCCUUUCAAAACUCUCUUCUCAAUCCACACCUGGCUCCGUCCUCAUCACCACCGCACACGGCAAGUACUUCUCCACCGGCUUCGACCUCGCCUGGGCACGCGGCACCGCCUCCGACUCCGCCGCUGCCGUCGAUCGCCUCCACUUUAUGGUUGACUCACUCAAGCCUGUCGCUGCGGCGCUCAUGUCCCUCCCGAUGCCGACCAUCGCCGCCGUCAACGGCCACGCCUCCGCCGCCGGGUUCUUGCUCGCGAUCUGCCACGACUAUGUCCUCAUGAGGAACGACAACGCCGUGCUGUACAUGCCGGAGGUGCACCUGGCGCUGCCGCUGCCGGAGUACUUCGCCGUUGUGAUGAGGUCGAAGAUCAGGUCGGCGACGGCGCUGCGCGACGUGCUGCUUAGCGGCGCCAAGGUGACGGCGGCGGAGGCGGUGAAGAUGGGAAUCGUGGAUUCGGCGCACGAUAGCGCGGAGAGAACGGUGGAUGCUGCGAUGCGCCUUGGGGAACGGUUGGCAGAAAGGAAGUGGGAGGGUGAAGUGUAUGCAGAAAUAAGGAAGAGUUUGUAUCCGGAAGCAUGUGGCGUUUUGGGAUUGGCCCAGAAAGCAUUAGCAUCUAAGAUCUGAAUCCGAAAUUCAUUUGUCAUUUUUAGGAUAAUGAAAGUGAAGAAAAGAAGAUGUCUGGUCCGUCCUAAGAUCAUAAUCCAAGGAUAUUGGAAGGAAGAUUGCUCCGUAAGAACUAAGCCAUUUGAGAAAUUGUAUUGUUUUAUCAAAUUAUAAUUUGGGUUGACCAAAGUUUGUAAAUGACUUUAAUGUUAGAUUUCAGAAUUUAAAUCCUUGAGCAGAUUUCGAUUGUAAAAAAUAUUUUGAAAAUGUUCUUGAUGGAAAUUUAAAAUUUAUGUAUUCAAAAUGAACUGAAUGAUUUGUUAGAAGUAAAGUUGAGUUUUAUUUG